UCACCACGCAUGCUCUAUCCCCCACUAUUGAACAUUACCUUAUCAGCGCGAGCGCAGUGGAAAGGGACAGAAGUCAACGCUGCGCACUCCAGACCAUAUACAUCCAGUCAGACUAUUGUGCGAUAGCCUAUACCUAGGCUACAUAUGGUUGAUUGACCAAGCUUUUAACAUUUUUCUUUAUUCACCCUAGGACAACAUAUUUGAAUAUAUUACUAGGCCUAGGCUACGAUUGUGAAUUUGACAGACGCAUCAACAUUCGCAACAUCAACAUGACAGACGCAUCUACAUUCAACAUCAACACCGCGUUUUGAUCCUAAAGGAUGGCUGAAGCAGAACUACAGGCGUUUACGUCUAUGAUGGACGCACUCGUUCAAAUCAGCUCUAACAUGAAGAGUAUGGAGCGGGAGCUGCAUUGCCCGGUGUGUACUGAGAUGGUGAAGCAGCCCAUCAUCCUGCCGUGCCAGCACAGUGUGUGUCUGCUGUGUGCUGCUGAGGUGUUAAUCCAGAGAGGAUACCCUCCCCCAGACCUCCCCCCAGAGCCCAACUCCCCGGCUGCAUCCCCCAACACACGCUCCCCGCGCGGGGCACGCAGACCCCCGCCCAAGACCACCGACCGCCUGGACCGCGUCCUCAGACCAGGUUUUGGGACGUACCCCGGGCGUCGUCGUAAGGACAUGUCUCCUGCCCCCAUGCUGUUCCCCUGUCCGUCCUGUCACAAGGAGGUGGAGCUGGGGGAGAGAGGACUGACCGAUUGCCUCAGGAAUCUCACCUUGGAACGCAUCGUAGAGAGGUACAGACACACAGUGAGCCUGGGCAGCGUGGCUAUAAUGUGUGGCUUCUGUAAGGUUCCUCAGUCCUUGGAGGCCACUAAGGGCUGUGCUGACUGCAGGUCCAACUUCUGCAACGAGUGUUUCAAGCUCUACCACCCCUGGGGAACGCUCCGCUCCCAGCACGAACACAUACUGCCCACCAACAACUUCAGACCAAAGGUCCUAACGUGUCUGGAGCAUGAGCAGGAGAGGUUGUUGUGGUACUGUCGCUCCUGCCAGAGACUGCUGUGUCCUCUCUGUAAGCUCCGCAGAGUCCACCACGGCCACAAGGUGGCGCCCAUCGCACAGGCCUGCCAGGCACUAAAGGACAAAAUCACCAAGGAGAUCAACUACAUUCUGGCCAAUCAGGACACAGUAAAGGCUCAGAUAACUCAGCUGGAGAGUGCCAUCACACAUAUGGAGUUGAACAGUGCGUUGGCGAGGGAGCAGUUGUCCCAGUCUGUGAGGGAGCUGGGGGCGUCUCUAGCUGAGCGACAGGGAGCGUUGACCCUGGCCCUGGAGGGGGCCCGGCUGAGAAGGGGGGAGGCCCUGUCGGCCCAGGUGUCUGAGAGGAGGGGUCUGCAGGAGGACGGCGGGUUAAUGGCCUACACACAGGAGCUGCUCAAAGAGACCGACCAACCCUGCUUCGUACAGGCCGCACGAAUCACCCACAACAGGCUGGUGAAAGCGAUAGAGAAUCUGCAGUGUUUCUCUCUCUCGGCUGAUCCCUCCUUCAGACACUUCCACAUGGACGCCUCCAGAGAAGUGAAACUCAUCAGCAACAUGGAAUACAUAAGAGCCCCAUUGGCUCCUGUGAUUGACACUCAGCGGACGCUGGCCUAUGACCAGCUGUUCCUGUGCUGGCGACUCCCCCAGGACUCCGCCCCUGCCUGGCACUUCUCCGUUGAGUUCCAGCGGCGAAUGGGAUUGACCGAGGCAGGCUGGGGAGGAGAGGUCAGAAGUCCCAAUGCUCCAGUGGCGUGGCAACGCCUGGAGGAGGUGGGCGGGACUAGUGCUGUGAUUGACAGGCUGGAGAUGGACAGUGUGUACGUGUUAAGGGUGAAAGGAAGCAAUAAGGCGGGGUUUGGAGAGUACAGCGAAGAGGUUUACCUGCACACACCACCCGCACCAGUGUUGUGUUUCUCUCUGGACUCUCGCUGGGGUUUGCAUGCUGACCGACUGGCGCUGGGUAAAGGACAGACGUAUGCCCGCAGCGUGCCUGGCCUCUCCCUUCUGCAGGCCGCCGACCGCUCCCUCACUUCCUGUCACCUGACCUCUGACCUCCUCAUAGGCGACCUGGCCAUCACCCAGGGAAGGCACUACUGGGCAUGCUCGGUGGAGCCCGGCUCCUACCUGGUCAAGGUGGGAGUUGGACAGGAGGCCAAGCUCCAGGAGUGGUUCCACCUUCCCCAGGACAUGACCAGCCCCCGCUAUGACCCAGACAGUGGCCAUGACAGUGGGGCUGAGGAUUCCCCAGACUCCUCCCCUCCCUUCUGCUUCCUCACCAUGGGCAUGGGCAAGGUCCUCUUACCCCAGGGGGCAGCAAACUUACACCACAGUACCCACAGUACCCAUGGGAACAACCAUGGCCCCCCUACUGCCCCCCUGCCCCCGCGCCUGGGGGUUUGUCUGGACUUCGAGAAGGGGCGGGUCACAUUCUACGACGCCCACUCGCUGCGCACCCUGUGGGAGGGGCAUGUGGAUUGCUCUGCCCCUGUGUGCCCAGCCUUUUGUUUCAUUGGUGGAGGGGCACUGCAGCUGCAGGAGCUGGUGGCCAAUCGGAGCACAGAGGAGCCACCGCAUAGAAGGGUCACCAUCCAAUCACGCGCCACCAAUUUAGGUAACUGAAGAAGUAUGGAGUGGAAUGAUGUGGAAAGAACCUUAAUCAACUUGAUGUUUACUUUUUUAUGUGUAGGUUUCAUUUGUAAUGUCUGCAACUGUUGAUGAUGUACAUUAUGCAGAAUAGAACAAUGUCAAUGUCCCGGAAUCCAGUGGAUUGUAAAGCGUUCUGCAGGUUACAUCAGGAUGUAUUCUGGUGUGAUUCCAACUGUUACUGUUAAUGUGUUGCAUCUGAAAAGGACUCAUGGGUGGGACGUUAACUGUUAAAUGACUCAUGGGUGGGACGUUAACUGUUAAAUGACUCAUGAGUGGGACGUUAACUGUUAAAUGACUCAUGAGUGGGACGUUAACUGUUAAAUGAUUCAUGAGUGGGACGUUAACUGUUAAAUGAUUCAUGAGUGGAACGUUAAGUGUUAAAUGAUUAAUGAGUGGGACGUUUACUGUUAAAUGACUAAUGAGUGGGACGUUAACUGUUAAAUGACUCAUGAGUGGGACGUUAAAUGACUCAUGAGUGGGACGUUAACUGUUAAAUGAUUCAUGAGUGGUACUUUAACUGUUAAAUGAUUCAUGAGUGGGACGUUUACUGUUAAAUGACUCAUGAGUGGGACGUUUACUGUUAAAUUACUCAUGAGUGGGACGUUAAAUGACUCAUGAGUGGGACGUUAACUGUUAAAUGAUUCAUGAGUACGACGUUAACUGUUAAAUGACUCAUGAGUGGGACGUUAACUGUUAAAUGAUUCAUGAGUGGUACUUUAACUGUUAAAUGACUCAUGAGUGGGACGUUUACUGUUAAAUGACUCAUGAGUGGGACGUUUACUGUUAAAUUACUCAUGAGUGGUACGUUAAAUGACUCAUGAGUGGGACGUUAACUGUUAAAUGAUUCAUGAGUGGGACGUUAACUGUUAAAUGAUUCAUGAGUGGGACGUUAACUGUUAAAUGAUUCAUGAGUGGGACGUUAACUGUUAAAUGAUUCAUGAGUGGAACGUUAAGUGUUAAAUGAUUAAUGAGUGGGACGUUUACUGUUAAAUGACUCAUGAGUGGGACGUUUACUGUUAAAUGACUCAUGAGUGGGACGUUAAAUGACUCAUGAGUGGGACGUUAACUGUUAAAUGAUUCAUGAGUGGUACUUUAACUGUUAAAUGAUUCAUGAGUGGGACGUUUACUGUUAAAUGACUCAUGAGUGGUACGUUUACUGUUAAAUUACUCAUGAGUGGGACGUUAAAUGACUCAUGAGUGGGACGUUAACUGUUAAAUGAUUCAUGAGUGGGACGUUAACUGUUAAAUGACUCAUGAGUACGACGUUAACUGUUAAAUGACUCAUGAGUGGGACGUUAACUGUUAAAUGAUUCAUGAGUGGUACUUUAACUGUUAAAUGACUCAUGAGUGGGACGUUUACUGUUAAAUGACUCAUGAGUGGGACGUUAACUGUUAAAUGACUCAUGAGUACGACGUUAACUGUUAAAUGACUCAUGAGUGGGACGUUAACUGUUAAAUGAUUCAUGAGUGGGACGUUAACUGUUAAAUGACUCAUGAGUACGACGUUAACUGUUAAAUGACUCAUGAGUGGGACGUUAACUGUUAAAUGAUUCAUGAGUGGGAGGUUAACUGUUAAAUGACUCAUGAGUGGUACUUUAACUGUUAAAUGACUCAUGAGUUGGACGUUUACUGUUAAAUGACUCAUGAGUGGGACGUUAAAUGACUCAUGAGUGGGACGUUAACUGUUAAAUGAUUCAUGAGUGGGACGUUUACUGUUAAAUGACUCAUGAGUACGACGUUAACUGUUAAAUUACUCAUGAGUGGGACGUUAACUGUUAAAUGAUUCAUGAGUGGGAGGUUAACUGUUAAAUGACUCAUGAGUGGUACUUUAACUGUUAAAUGACUCAUGAGUUGGACGUUAACUGUUAAAUGACUCAUGAGUGGGACGUUAACUGUUAAAUGACUCAUGAGUGGGACGUUAACUGUUAAAUGACUCAUGAGUGGAACGUUUAUUGUUAAAUGACUCAUGAGUUGGACGUUAACUGUUAAAUGACUCAUGAGUGGGACGUUAACUGUUAAAUGAUUCAUGCGUGGUACUUUAACUGUUAAAUGACUCAUGAGUGGAACGUUUAUUGUUAAAGGACUCAUGAGUGGGACGUUAACUGUUAAAUGAUUCAUGAGUGGAACGUUUAUUGUUAAAGGACUCAUGAGUGGGACGUUAACUGUUAAAUGAUUCAUGAGUGGGACGUUAACUGUUAAAUGAUUCAUGAGUGGGACGUUAACUGUUAAAUGAUUCAUGAGUGGGACGUUAACUGUUAAAUGAUUCAUGAGUGGGACGUUUACUGUUAAAUGACUCAUGAGUGGGAUGUUUACUGUUAAAUUCCUCAUGAGUGGGACGUUAAAUGACUCAUGAGUGGGACGUUAACUGUUAAAUGAUUCAUGAGUGGGACGUUAACUGUUAAAUGACUCAUGAGUGGGACGUUAACUGUUAAAUGACUCAUGAGUGGGACGUUAACUGUUAAAUGACUCAUGAGUGGAACGUUUAUUGUUAAAGGACUCAUGAUUGGGACGUUAACUGUUAAAUGACUCAUGAGUGGGACGUUAACUGUUAAAUGACUCAUGCGUGGUACUUUAACUGUUAAAUGACUCAUGAGUGGAACGUUUAUUGUUAAAGGACUCAUGAGUGGGACGUUAACUGUUAAAUGACUCAUGAGUGGAACGUUUAUUGUUAAAGGACUCAUGAGUGGGACGUUAACUGUUAAAUGACUCAUGAGUGGAACGUUUAUUGUUAAAGGACUCAUGAGUGGGAUGUUAACUGUUAAAUGAUUCAUGAGUGGAACGUUUAUUGUUAAAGGACUCAUGAGUGGGACGUUAACUGUUAAAUGAUUCAUGAGUGGGACGUUAACUGUUAAAUGAUUCAUGAGUGGGACGUUAACUGUUAAAUGAUUCAUGAGUGGGACUUUAACUGUUAAAUGAUUCAUGAGUGGGACGUUUACUGUUAAAUGACUCAUGAGUGGGACAAUUACUGUUAAAUUACUCAUGAGUGGGACGUUAAAUGACUCAUGAGUGGGACGUUAACUGUUAAAUGAUUCAUGAGUGGUACUUUAACUGUUAAAUGACUCAUGAGUGGGACGUUAACUGUUAAAUGACUCAUGAGUGGGACGUUAACUUUUAAAUGACUCAUGAGUGGGACGUUAACUGUUAAAUGACUCAUGAGUGGGACGUUAACUGUUAAAUGAUUCAUGAGUGGUACUUUAACUGUUAAAUGACUCAUGAGUGGGACGUUAACUGUUAAAUGACUCAUGAGUGGGACGUUAACUUUUAAAUGACUCAUGAGUGGGACGUUAACUGUUAAAUGAUUCAUGAGUGGGACGUUAACUGUUAAAUGAUACAUGAGUGGGACGUUUACAUGUUAAAUGACUCAUUAGUGGGACGUUUACUGUUAAAUUACUCAUGAGUGGGACGUUAAAUGACUCAUGAGUGGGACGUUAACUGUUAAAUGAUUCAUGAGUGGGACGUUAACUGUUAAAUGACUCAUGAGUGGGACGUUAACUGUUAAAUGAUUCAUGCGUGGUACUUUAGCUGUUAAAUGACUCAUGAGUGGGACGUUAACUGUUAAAUGACUCAUGAGUGGGACGUUAACUGUUAAAUGACUCAUGCGGGGGACGUUAACUGUUAAAUGAUUCAUGAGUGGUACUUUAACUGUUAAAUGACUCAUGAGUUGGACGUUAGCUGUUAAAUGACUCAUGAGUGGGACGUUAACUGUUAAAUUACUCAUGAGUGGGACGUUAAACGACUCAUGAGUGGGACGUUAACUGUUAAAUGAUUCAUGAGUGGGACGUUAACUGUUAAAUGACUCAUGAGUACGACGUUAACUGUUAAAUGACUCAUGAGUGGGACGUUAACUGUUAAAUGAUUCAUGAAUGGUACUUUAACUGUUAAAUGACUCAUGAGUGGGACGUUUACUGUUAAAUGACUCAUGAGUGGGACGUUUACUGUUAAAGUACUCAUGAGUGGUACGUUAAAUGACUCAUGAGUGGGACGUUAACUGUUAAAUGAUUCAUGAGUGGGACGUUAACUGUUAAAUGAUUCAUGAGUGGGACGUUAACUGUUAAAUGAUUCAUGAGUGGUACUUUAACUGUUAAAUGACUCAUGAGUGGGACGUUAACUGUUAAAUGACUCAUGAGUGGGACGUUAACUUUUAAAUGACUCAUGAGUGGGACGUUAACUGUUAAAUGAUUCAUGAGUGGGACGUUAACUGUUAAAUGAUACAUGAGUGGGACGUUUACAUGUUAAAUGACUCAUUAGUGGGACGUUUACUGUUAAAUUACUCAUGAGUGGGACGUUAAAUGACUCAUGAGUGGGACGUUAACUGUUAAAUGAUUCAUGAGUGGGACGUUAACUGUUAAAUGACUCAUGAGUGGGACGUUAACUGUUAAAUGAUUCAUGCGUGGUACUUUAGCUGUUAAAUGACUCAUGAGUGGGACGUUAACUGUUAAAUGACUCAUGAGUGGGACGUUAACUGUUAAAUGACUCAUGCGGGGGACGUUAACUGUUAAAUGAUUCAUGAGUGGUACUUUAACUGUUAAAUGACUCAUGAGUUGGACGUUAGCUGUUAAAUGACUCAUGAGUGGGACGUUAACUGUUAAAUUACUCAUGAGUGGGACGUUAAACGACUCAUGAGUGGGACGUUAACUGUUAAAUGAUUCAUGAGUGGGACGUUAACUGUUAAAUGACUCAUGAGUACGACGUUAACUGUUAAAUGACUCAUGAGUGGGACGUUAACUGUUAAAUGAUUCAUGAAUGGUACUUUAACUGUUAAAUGACUCAUGAGUGGGACGUUUACUGUUAAAUGACUCAUGAGUGGGACGUUUACUGUUAAAGUACUCAUGAGUGGUACGUUAAAUGACUCAUGAGUGGGACGUUAACUGUUAAAUGAUUCAUGAGUGGGACGUUAACUGUUAAAUGAUUCAUGAGUGGGACGUUAACUGUUAAAUGAUUCAUGAGUGGGACGUUAACUGUUAAAUGAUUCAUGAGUGGAACGUUAAGUGUUAAAUGAUUAAUGAGUGGGACGUUUACUGUUAAAUGACUCAUGAGUGGGACGUUUACUGUUAAAUGACUCAUGAGUGGGACGUUAAAUGACUCAUGAGUGGGACGUUAACUGUUAAAUGAUUCAUGAGUGGUACUUUAACUGUUAAAUGAUUCAUGAGUGGGACGUUUACUGUUAAAUGACUCAUGAGUGGUACGUUUACUGUUAAAUUACUCAUGAGUGGGACGUUAAAUGACUCAUGAGUGGGACGUUAACUGUUAAAUGAUUCAUGAGUGGAACGUUUAUUGUUAAAGGACUCAUGAUUGGGACGUUAACUGUUAAAUGACUCAUGAGUGGGACGUUAACUGUUAAAUGACUCAUGCGUGGUACUUUAACUGUUAAAUGACUCAUGAGUGGAACGUUUAUUGUUAAAGGACUCAUGAUUGGGACGUUAACUGUUAAAUGACUCAUGAGUGGAACGUUUAUUGUUAAAGGACUCAUGAGUGGGACGUUAACUGUUAAAUGACUCAUGAGUGGAACGUUUAUUGUUAAAGGACUCAUGAGUGGGAUGUUAACUGUUAAAUGAUUCAUGAGUGGAACGUUUAUUGUUAAAGGACUCAUGAGUGGGACGUUAACUGUUAAAUGAUUCAUGAGUGGGACGUUAACUGUUAAAUGAUUCAUGAGUGGGACGUUAACUGUUAAAUGAUUCAUGAGUGGGACGUUAACUGUUAAAUGAUUCAUGAUUGGGACGUUAACUGUUAAAUGAUUCAUGAGUGGGACGUUAACUGUUAAAUGAUUCAUGAGUGGGACUUUAACUGUUAAAUGAUUCAUGAGUGGGACGUUUACUGUUAAAUUACUCAUGAGUGGGACAAUUACUGUUAAAUUACUCAUGAGUCAUUUAACGUCCCACUCAUGAGUAAUUUAACAGUAAUUGUCCCACUCAUGAGUCAUUUAACAGUUAAAGUACCACGCAUGAGUCAUUUAACAGUUAAUGUCCCACUCAUGAGUCAUUUAACAGUUAACGUCCCAAUCAUGAGUCCUUUAACAUUUACUGUUAAAUUACUCAUGAGUGGGACGUUAAAUGACUCAUGAGUGGAACUUUAAGUGUUAAAUGACUCAUGAGUGGGACGUUUACUGUUAAAUGACUCAUGAGUGGGACGUUAACUGUUAAAUGACUCAUGAGUACGACGUUAACUGUUAAAUGACUCAUGAGUGGGACGUUAACUGUUAAAUGAUUCAUGAGUGGGACGUUAACUGUUAAAUGACUCAUGAGUACGACGUUAACUGUUAAAUGACUCAUGAGUGGGACGUUAACUGUUAAAUGAUUCAUGAGUGGGAGGUUAACUGUUAAAUGACUCAUGAGUGGUACUUUAACUGUUAAAUGACUCAUGAGUUGGACGUUUACUGUUAAAUGACUCAUGAGUGGGACGUUAAAUGACUCAUGAGUGGGACGUUAACUGUUAAAUGAUUCAUGAGUGGGACGUUAACUGUUAAAUGACUCAUGAGUACGACGUUAACUGUUAAAUUACUCAUGAGUGGGACGUUAACUGUUAAAUGAUUCAUGAGUGGGAGGUUAACUGUUAAAUGACUCAUGAGUGGUACUUUAACUGUUAAAUGACUCAUGAGUUGGACGUUAACUGUUAAAUGACUCAUGAGUGGGACGUUAACUGUUAAAUGACUCAUGAGUGGGACGUUAACUGUUAAAUGACUCAUGAGUGGAACGUUUAUUGUUAAAUGACUCAUGAGUUGGACGUUAACUGUUAAAUGACUCAUGAGUGGGACGUUAACUGUUAAAUGAUUCAUGAGUGGGACGUUAACUGUUAAAUGAUUCAUGAGUGGGACGUUAACUGUUAAAUGAUUCAUGAGUGGGACGUUUACUGUUAAAUGACUCAUGAGUGGGACGUUAACUGUUAAAUGAUACAUGAGUGGGACGUUUACUGUUAAAUGACUCAUUAGUGGGACGUUUACUGUUAAAUUACUCAUGAGUGGGACGUUAAAUGAUUCAUGAGUGGUACUUUAACUGUUAAAUGACUCAUGAGUGGGACGUUAACUGUUAAAUGACUCAUGAGUGGGACGUUAACUGUUAAAUGAUUCAUGAGUGGGACGUUAACUGUUAAAUGAUACAUGAGUGGGACGUUUACUGUUAAAUGACUCAUUAGUGGGACGUUUACUGUUAAAUUACUCAUGAGUGGGACGUUAAAUGACUCAUGAGUGGGACGUUAACUGUUAAAUGAUUCAUGAGUGGGACGUUAACUGUUAAAUGACUCAUGAGUGGGACGUUAACUGUUAAAUGACUCAUGAGUGGGACGUUAACUGUUAAAUGACUCAUGAGUGGGACGUUAACUGUUAAAUGACUCAUGAGUGGAACGUUUAUUGUUAAAGGACUCAUGAUUGGGACGUUAACUGUUAAAUGACUCAUGAGUGGGACGUUAACUGUUAAAUGACUCAUGCGUGGUACUUUAACUGUUAAAUGACUCAUGAGUGGAACGUUUAUUGUUAAAGGACUCAUGAGUGGGACGUUAACUGUUAAAUGACUCAUGAGUGGAACGUUUAUUGUUAAAGGACUCAUGAUUGGGACGUUAACUGUUAAAUGACUCAUGAGUGGAACGUUUAUUGUUAAAGGACUCAUGAGUGGGACGUUAACUGUUAAAUGACUCAUGAGUGGAACGUUUAUUGUUAAAGGACUCAUGAGUGGGAUGUUAACUGUUAAAUGAUUCAUGAGUGGAACGUUUAUUGUUAAAGGACUCAUGAGUGGGACGUUAACUGUUAAAUGAUUCAUGAGUGGGACGUUAACUGUUAAAUGAUUCAUGAGUGGGACGUUAACUGUUAAAUGAUUCAUGAGUGGGACGUUAACUGUUAAAUGAUUCAUGAUUGGGACGUUAACUGUUAAAUGAUUCAUGAGUGGGACGUUAACUGUUAAAUGAUUCAUGAGUGGGACUUUAACUGUUAAAUGAUUCAUGAGUGGGACGUUUACUGUUAAAUGACUCAUGAGUGGGACGUUUACUGUUAAAUUACUCAUGAGUGGGACGUUAAAUGACUCAUGAGUGGGACGUUAACUGUUAAAUGAUUCAUGAGUGGUACUUUAACUGUUAAAUGACUCAUGAGUGGGACGUUAACUGUUAAAUGACUCAUGAGUGGGACGUUAACUUUUAAAUGACUCAUGAGUGGGACGUUAACUGUUAAAUGAUUCAUGAGUGGGACGUUAACUGUUAAAUGAUACAUGAGUGGGACGUUUACAUGUUAAAUGACUCAUUAGUGGGACGUUUACUGUUAAAUUACUCAUGAGUGGGACGUUAAAUGACUCAUGAGUGGGACGUUAACUGUUAAAUGUUUCAUGAGUGGGACGUUAACUGUUAAAUGACUCAUGAGUGGGACGUUAACUGUCAAAUGACUCAUGAGUCGGACGUUAACUGUUAAAUGACUCAUGAGUGGGACGUUAACUGUUAAAUGAUUCAUGCGUGGUACUUUAGCUGUUAAAUGACUCAUGAGUGGGACGUUAACUGUUAAAUGACUCAUGAGUGGGACGUUAACUGUUAAAUGACUCAUGCGGGGGACGUUAACUGUUAAAUGAUUCAUGAGUGGUACUUUAACUGUUAAAUGACUCAUGAGUUGGACGUUAGCUGUUAAAUGACUCAUGAGUGGGACGUUAACUGUUAAAUUACUCAUGAGUGGGAGGUUAACUGUUAAAUGACUCAUGAGUGGGACGUUAACUAUUAAAUGACUCAUGAGUGGGACGUUAACUGUUAAAGGACUCAUGAGUGGGACGUUAACUGUUAAAUGAUUUAUGAGUGGGACGUUAACUGUUAAAUGAUUCAUGAGUGGGACGUUUACUGUUAAAGAACUCAUGAGUGGGACGUUAUCUGUUAGGACUCAUGUUACCUGCACUUCACAUAGAUCUUAUUGUUUGAAACCAAACCAAAAUGCUCACAUUGUGGAAGAUUCUCUCAUAAGCUUCAAAAUAGUAUUACAAAUCAAGAGGGUAUAAAUAUCUAUUCUAUAUUUUGAGACAAAAUAGAGGUGAAUGUGAUUUACACAUUAUGGAUAGAAAGGAUUUUGUGUAAAUCAUGUGUUGAUGUCAAUGGGAAGAUUUAGGAUGUGUGUGUAUUCACCUGAAUUAAAAUUAUAAUACUUAUUUUAUCAUUCUCAUCUGAGCUGGCUGAAUAUUUAUACUGUUUUAUAGCUUUUUAUUCAUAGCUUUUAUGAUUAUUAUGACUGGCAAUAAUACAUUUUUACUCAACAGAUUAUUAGUAAAAAGAUAGAUCUUACAGUGUCGAGGCUCAGACUGUCAGUAUUCAUACAGUAUAUUGAAUGUGUGUGUGUGAGAGUGUGUAUAUUUACUUGAAUGCAUGUGUGUACGUGUGUGUGAGAGAGAGAGUGAGAGGGAGGGAGAUAUAUAUAUACGUGUCAAAAGUUUAUUUUGACUAUUUUCUACAUUCUAGAAUAAUAGUGAAGACAUCAAAACUAUGAAAUAACACAUUUGGAAUCAUGUAGUAACCAAAGAAGUGUUAAACAAAUAUAUUUAUGGAGGCCAGGUCAUCUGAUACAGCAGUCCAUCAUUCUUGAUCAAAUAGCCCUUUCACAGCCUGGAGGUGUGUUGGGUCAUUGUCCUGUCGAAAAACAAAUGAUAGUCCCACUAAACCAGAUGGGAUGGUGUAUCGCUGCAGAAUGCUGUGGUAGCCAUGCUGGUUAAGUGUGCCUUGAAUUCUAAAUAAAUCAUAGACAGUGUCACCAGCAAAGCAUCCUCCCCCCACCAUCACACCUCCUCUUCCAUGCUUCACGGUGGGACCAACACAUGCAGAGGUCAUCCGUUCACCUACUCUGCUUCUCACAAAGACACUGCAGUUGGAACCAAAAAUCUCAAAUUUUGACUCAUCAGACCAAUGGACAGAUUUCCACCAGUCUAAUGUCCAUUGCUCGUGUUUCUUGGCCCAAGCAAGUCCCUUCUUAUUAUUGGUGUCCUUCAGUAAUGGUUUCUUUGCAGCAAUUCAACCAUGAAGGCAUGAUUCACACAGUCUCCUCUGAACAGUUGAUGUUGAGAUGUGUCUGUUACUUGAACUCAGGGAAACAUUAUUUGGGCUGCAGUCUGAUGUGCAGUUAACUCUAAUGAACUUAUCCUCUGUAGCAGAGAAAACUCUGGGUCUUCCUUUCCUGUGGCAGUCCUCAUGAGAGCCAUGUCUUAAAGUCAUGAUGGACUGUCGUUUCUCUUUGCUUAUUUGAGCUCUUCUUGCCAUAAUAUGGACUUGGUCUUUUACCAAAUAGGACUAUCUUCUGUAUACCACCCCAACCUUGUCACAACACAACUGAUUGGCUCAAAUGCAAUUAAGAAGGAAAUAAAUUCCACAAAUUAACUUUGAACAAGGCACACCUGUUAAUUGAAAUGCAUUCCAGGUGACUACCUCAUGAUGCUGGUUGAGGAAAUGCCAUCAAGGCAAAGGGUGGCUACUUUGAAGAAUCUCAAAUAUAAAAUAUAUUUUGAUUUGUUUAACACUUUUUUUGUUACGACAUGAUUCCAUAUGUGUUAUUUCAUAGUUGUGAUGUCUUCACUAUUAUUCUACAAUGUAGAAAAUAGUAAAAAUAAAGAAAAACCCUUGAAUGAGUAGGUGUGUCCAGACUUUUGACUGGUACUGUAUAUAUAUCAGUAGAGCCUGCUGAGGGGAGAACGACUCAUAAUAAUGACUGGAAUUAAGUGAAUGGAAUGGUAUCAAGAACAUGGUUUCAUGUGUUUGAUACCACUCCAUUCCAGUUGCUAUUAUGAGCCGUCCUCCCCUCAGCAGCCUCCACUGAUAUAUAUCUAGAGAGAGUCCAGUCCAGUCCAAUCUGUUGCUCGGAGGUCUGGCUGUAACAACCAUGCUUUCUGUUCUGUCUGUGCUGAAUGAUCUGGUUGUAAAAUACAGUUGUCUUAUACCUUACAACACUUGACUGACUGUAGACUGUAGCAUCUCCCUCAUUUAGACUUUGCCAUGCUGGCAGAAUGUUUGUAAACGUCAUGAGAAAAAGGAAUAAACAAUUCAACAGUUCCA